UCAAAAGUCAUGAUAUUUUUAGUAAGAAGUACAUAAUUGUAUAUUCAAUCUUUUUUUUUGGUAAACAAAGUAACCAAACCUUACUAAUUGUAUAUUCAAUCAUACAAACCAAGUGCAACGUUUUUUUUUUUUUUUUUGGCUACCAACCAAGUGCAAGUAUUGCAUAUCUUUUAUCUUCUAUAUACAACAGAUUUUUAUUAUGCUUUCAUGUAGAAACCUAACUGUAAACACAAUGAAUAACCAUAACCAUCUCCCUGAAGUACUCUUGAUCUCUGAAAUCUUUAGGCGCUUACCUAUAAAAUCUCUUCUCAUUUGCAAUUGUGUUUGUAAACUAUGGAAUUCCAUCAUUUCAACCCCUUCUUUUGCUGCAUAUCACCUUAAACACUUCCCUUUUUCUAACCAUCAAUCUCUCUUAAUCAACACCAAAAGCUUGUUCCUCUCAUUCGAUUUCGAAUAUCAUGAAAAUUUCGAAGUCGAACGCAUGAAAACAACACCAAUUGAGUUCCCUGAUGUUACUAUGGUAGCAUCAUACAAUGGACUAGUUUGUUUGGAUGAUGAAGCUAAGAAUUCUCUAUAUAUUUGGAAUCCCACUAUUUCAAAGCAUAUCCAAAUUCCUUAUCCUCAAACUUUGAUCAAAACUCGAUUUGUUUGGGGAUUUGGGGAAGUUUCAUCAAUGAAUGAUUAUAAGUUGAUAAGAAUAUAUCAUCAGAGCUUGAACAUGAAAGUACAAGUGUUCUCCUUCAUUAGCAAUGUUUGGAAAAUUUUGGAUAUGAAAUUUGGAAAACAUGGUUCUGAUGAUAUCCCACCAAUGAAUGGAAUAGGAGUAUCAGUUAAUAAUAUGAUAUAUUGGGUAUCAUACUAUACUGAAUAUGAUGUUGGUUAUUAUGAUCAUUGCUGCCAAAUCGUGGCAUUCGACUUGGUAGAGGAGAAAUUCAUGGAGCUCGCCUCGCUCCCUAAGUGGUCUGAUUAUAGCUUCAACGCAACUCCGGUGUUGUUUCAGAGAGAUGGAUGUUUGUGUGCUUGUUGGAAAAGUUAUCAAGGUGAUUUUGAUAUUGGAAUGUUUAAGGAAGAACAAGAAGGGAUAUAUUCAUGGAUAAGAUUGUUUCAUUUUGAUCAUGGUUCUUUUGUAUACUUCUGUGAUGAAAGAUUCAAAUUUCAGAAAAUUCAGGGUGUUACAGAAACAGGGAAUUUUGUUGUUCAGGUUGAUGGAGAAAGCAUCAUUCUUUUUGACAUAAAUCAAGAUCCACAGAAAGAUGUCCAUGUUUUGAAGAUUCCUAGGGCUAGAAAUGUGAUUACUUGUGUAAAAAGUUUAUUAUCUCCCAUAGAUCUUGUGGGUUACAGAAGCUAAAACAGUGAUGAUACCUGGGGAUCAGAGCUUGACUUCUUCAGUUUCUUCUGCAGAUUUCUGCUAUAUUGUUCUCCUUUUUCUUUUCUUUUUUCACAUAUGUUUACCUACUUUUUGUACCUACAUUCCUAAAAUAUAAAUAAAUUUGCCUUAAUGCUUAGA